GAGAAAGGGGUAUGUGGGAGGAGACAGAAAUGGAGUAUGAUCUCAGUGUUUUCCUUUACAGCUCUGAUUGGCCAAGAGAGCUGUCAGUCACACCACUUCCUCCUGGCCUCUGGGAGGUUCAGACAGUAGGGAGGUGGAGGCAGGGGGCGGAGGGAGUGUCCUUUGUAGUUUUCUAACUGAGACACAGCAGACACUGCUCAACACCGACAAUAAACUGAAACACAGUCUGACUUGCAAAGCAAGCCUAACCAGGAGCUUUCUCUCUCUCUGGCUUGUUUUCUGUACUUUGAAGUCAUCUUGGACAGAUUUUGGCUCAGCUUUUCCUCCUUUGUCACGGUUUCAUUCUUAACUUCACUGUGUUUCUUUCAAGUUUGGACGUUUUCCUCUUUAAAGCUUCUUUGGAGUCCUGCGAGAACAGGAAGCAGGAGGAGGAGGUUGAGUAGGAGGGGGCGAGACGCUCUUAGUUUGAAAGCCAAACUUAUCUGCCUUUCUCACCUGCUCCUUCUCUGGAAUGUAAGCCACAUAGAGUUGCUUUCCGUGAAAGAGAGGGCGAGAAGAAAGAAGAGCCACUUCCUGUAAAGGGAUCCAUUUUGUUUCAGCUAUAAAGGACAAGGGACACUCAACAGGUACAGCCACUAUUGAUGAGUGAGUGUGUGUACUGGUGUGUGUAGGUGUGUUGUUACCUCACACAACUUAGUCUUACCUCUCUCUGGGCUAUCUUUGACUCCAGCAUGGCCAACGUCAGUCCCUUCAUGUCUCCGGGACCCAUGUCCCAAGUCUUCUUCCCCCCAGGUGGGCCGUCCCCACUUGGGUCAGUGGUGAUGCAGCAAGGGACACCGGUCUCUGUCCCUGUAACCCCUGGGUUCCCACCAGUGGACAUGGGGGUGGCCCCAGGGUCCGGAGGAGCUCCGGGUAUCCCAUCCGCACCCCCGGCAUCAGCCGGUGUCUCUUUCAUCAUACAGAUUGGUCUGACUAGAGAGUCGGUGCUUCUACCCCAGACUGCAGACUUGGCUUACAUCAAACAGAUUGCAUGCUCAAUUGUGGAUCAGAAGUUUCCUGAGUGUGGUUUUUAUGGGAUCUAUGACAAGAUCCUCCUCUUCAAGCAUGACACCGGCAGCAAUAACAUCCUGCAGCUGGUCAAGGCAGUGUCCGACAUCCAGGAGGGAGAUCUGGUGGAAGUUGUUUUGUCCGCGGCUGCCACGUUUGAGGACUUCCAGAUUCGUCCACACACGCUAAACGUGCACUCGUAUCGUGCACCAGCCUUCUGCGAUCACUGUGGCGAGAUGCUUUUCGGACUGGUGCGUCAAGGGCUCAAAUGCGAUGGCUGUGGGUUGAAUUACCACAAACGCUGUGCCUUUAGCAUUCCCAACAACUGCAGUGGGGCGAGAAAGCGACGCCUGUCGACCACGUCUCUCACCAGCAGUCAGUCUCUGCGCCUGUCUACCACCGAGUCACUCAGCAGCCUCAACAGCAGUGUGACAUCUGAGGAUGCCAGCCUUGUCCGACCGCACACCCAUGCGCCCCGCACGCCCAGCGAGGCCAGGCGCUAUUACACCGGACGGCCUGUCAAACUGGACAAGAUGCUCAUGACCAAAGUGAAGGUCCCGCACACGUUUGCCGUUCACUCUUACACACGUCCCACUGUGUGCCAGUACUGCAAGAGACUGUUGAGAGGACUCUUCCGCCAGGGACUCCAGUGCAAAGACUGCAAGUUCAACUGCCACAAGCGCUGCGCGUACAAAGUUCCCAACGACUGUUUAGGGGAGACUCUUGGAGACAUGUUAAGUCCGAGCACAGAUGCAGAGGUGCCGAUGGAUUACAAUAAUGAGUAUUCUGACCAUGAUAAGUCUUCUCUGAUGGACGAAUCAGAUGAGGCCAUCAGUAUCCCGGGGUCCUUUUCCCCAGACAGCAGCCAGGAUGGAGCCAGUGGCGACCAGAGUGCUAAUAUUCCUCUGAUGAGAGUAGUGCAGUCAGUGAGACACACCACACGUCGCUCUAGCACGGCCAUCAAAGAGGGCUGGAUGGUGCACUAUAGCAACAAGGAUACACUGAGGAAGAGACACUACUGGCGCCUGGACUGCAAAUGCAUCACCCUGUUUCAGAAUGACACAACCAACAAAUACUACAAGGAGAUUCCUCUCUCUGAAAUCCUGGGGUUAUGCCCGGCGGGUGACUUCUCUCUCGUACCUGCUGGUACAAGCCCCCACUGCUUUGAGAUUGUCACGGGCAGCAUGAUCUACUUUGUUGGCGAAGACCCCAACCCCUCCAUUUUAUCCAGUAUAUCUGGUCUUCCUUUCUCUUUCACGCCCAGCAGCGUUGCGCCAAAUAGCGGAUUGGGGCGUGAGUUCGCCAAAGGCUGGGAGACUGCUAUCCGUGAAGCCCUCAUGCCAGUCAUCUUCAAAGACAAUCCUCCAGCAGAAGGACACACCCCUCAUCGGCAGGCAUCCGUAAACAUCUCUGUGUCUAACAGCCAGAUUCAGGAGAAUGUGGACAUUGGGAUGGUGUACCAGAUCUUUGCUGAUGAGGUUCUGGGCUCUGGACAGUUUGGUGUGGUGUAUGGAGGAAAACACAGGAAAACUGGCCGUGAUGUAGCCGUGAAGGUGAUCGAUAAGCUCCGAUUCCCCACCAAACAGGAGAGCCAGCUGAGGAAUGAAGUGGCUAUACUGCAGAGCUUGCGAAACUUGGGUAUAGUGAAUCUGGAGUGUAUGUUUGAGACGCCAGAGAAGGUCUUUGUGGUAAUGGAGAAACUUCAUGGUGACAUGCUAGAGAUGAUCCUGUCUAGUGAGAAAGGACGACUUCCUGAGAGAUUCACCAAGUUCCUCAUCACACAGAUUUUGGCUGCUCUGAGACACCUUCACUUCAAAAACAUUGUGCACUGUGACCUCAAACCUGAGAAUGUGCUGUUGGCAUCAGCGGAUCCUUUUCCACAGGUCAAGCUUUGCGACUUUGGCUUUGCUCGCAUCAUCGGGGAAAAGUCUUUCCGCCGCUCUGUUGUGGGCACGCCAGCUUACUUGGCCCCCGAAGUCCUCCUGAACCAGGGUUACAAUCGUUCUUUGGACAUGUGGUCCGUCGGUGUUAUCAUGUAUGUAAGUCUGAGCGGAACCUUCCCUUUCAACGAGGACGAAGACAUCAACGAUCAGAUCCACAAUGCUGCCUUCAUGUACCCACCCAACCCCUGGAAACAGAUCUCUCCUGAAGCUAUCGACCUCAUCAAUAACCUACUCCAAGUGAAGAUGAGAAAACGCUACAGUGUGGACAAGAGUCUCAGCCACACCUAUUUGCAGGACUAUCAGACCUGGCUGGACCUCCGAGAGCUGGAGUCAAAGCUUGGGGAGCGUUACAUAACACACGAGAGCGAUGACAGCCGCUGGCAACAGUAUGCCCGUGACCACACCCUGCCCUACCCACCCCACCUAGUGCCGCCACCACCAGCCUCAGACGACGAUGAACAGGAAGGUGCGGAGGAUGCAGAUUUGCAGGGGCUAACGGAGCGUGUUAGCAUCCUUUAAGAAGAGGAGGACGACGACGAUGAGAGGAAUACGGAGUGCCUGCUAUGACAUUAAGAAUUGUUAGCGCGCCAAGAACGUAGAAUGGAUGUAGUUAUGCAGCCCUUAAUUCAGGAUGGGGUCGGACCCCUUUUCCUAUCCAUCAGCAGGCCCUCUGACCUUUGACCUUCCCCAACCAGAACAUGGCAUGAACUGGGAUGCCAAGAUUUUAAAGUGGGGGAAGAACUGUUUUGGACCCUAGCACUGGCCUUGACGCAGACACAAAGUCAUAUUGUUGACUUCAAGUUUCAAAACAAUUCAAAACGAGUGUAUCAGUUGCGAUACAAAAUGCAGAGAGAAAUAUGAUCUGUAUAGUGGCUGGAAAUCGCUGUUUUUAUUUUCCUUUUUAAUUUCUUGCAAUGGUAUUUACAUUUAUGCAUUUGGUGGACGCUUUUAUCCAAAGUGACUUGCAGUGCAUCCAAGCUACACUUUUUAUAAGGCCAUGCAUUCCCUGGGAAUCGAACCCAUUACUUUGGUGUGCCAGCUCCAUGCUCAACCAGUUAAGCUACAGGAACAUUGGAUGAAACCCCCUUAAGUUUCUUUUCCACCAUAUAAUUUGGUGAGCUUGUUGGUUAGCAGUAUCAUUUGCCCUGCAGGUGUACGGUGGACUGUGGCUUUAUCUCUGAGAAUAGCAUCAUCUUAAAAGGACCGAUAAGCCUUAUCACCCUACGCUGUCUGAAAGACAAACUGAGUGCACAAAGACUGUCUACAGUAGACUGUUGUCAGACCAGCUGCUAUUGGCAAUGGGUGAAAUGUCUAUUUCAACUGAUUUUGGUUAUUCUAGUGGAGCUGUUCUGAUAAGGUAUGUAUUUGUACUCCUAACUGACCCUAGACCUGAGCAUUAGGCUGCAUGUUACUGAGAAUUAGGUUUGCUUGAGACUUAUUGCUAUGAAGGACAAUUUUGUACACAUGUAACCAUAGAAAUGAUUAUGUAGUUUAACAGAAGGUAAUAUUAUAAGUAUAAUAAAGAUGGUAAAGCAGAAAUCUGUGUUACUGAA